ACCUUCUAAUUCUGUUAUUGCAACUGCGGACCGUUACCUGGCACGCUGGCUGCGACCUCCCUCACUCUUGUCAGAGUCGGAGCUAUAGGCAGUGCCUUCAACUCUGAGCUCAGGCAUCCUGGACCCUGUUUUUGCGGUUAAGGACUCUAAAGUGUUGUGGGGUGUUGAUCAAAUUUUUCUUAACCGUAAGUUAACAAUUCCAGUUAUUGUCAUCUCUCAGUCCUGAUGAAACCUAACUGAUUUCACUAGUUUUUGACCCAUCAUGUGUUUGGGUUUCUUCUCCCCAGUCCCUGGCUCUACCUCUUCUGCCACAAACGUCAGCAUGGUGGUAUCUGCCGACCCUUUGUCCGGCAAGAGGGCAGAGAUGAACAUCCUAGAAAUCAACCAGGAAUUGCGCUCCCAGCUGGCAGAGAGCAAUCAGCAGUUCCGAGACCUCAAAGAGAAAUUCCUUAUAACUCAAGCUACUGCCUACUCCCUGGCCAACCAGCUGAAGAAAUACAAAAAGCGAAAUGAUCUUGAAGAGGUGAAAGGACAAGAAACAAUUGAUCCCAGGCUCAGCAGGGAACCACUGACGGUGGCCAAGCAUGAAGUCCCCCAGGAGUCACUGGAUGGAUGUUGCUUGACUCCUUCAAUCCUUCCUGAACUACCUCACUCCUACCGUCCUUAUGGGAGCACUUCGUACUAUUUUGAAGAAAAGCAAGUCACCUUGGCUCUUGUAGACAAAAUUCAAAAGGAUCAAGAGGAGGUAGAAGAUCAAGACCCACCGUGCCCCAGGCUCAGCCAGGAGCUGCCAGAGGUGGAGGAGCAGGAAAUCCCAGAGGACUCCGUGGAUGAAGUUUACUUGACUCCCUCAGUUCACCAUGAUCUGUCUGACUGCCACCAGCCUUAUAGCAACACAUUGUACUCAUUGGAGGAUCAGUUUGCAUGCUCUGCUCUGGAUAUAGCCUCUCCCACCAAGACGGCCUGUCCCCAAGGGACUUGGAGUGGAGACUUGAGCCACCACCUGUCAGAGGUGCAGUCUUCACAGGCACAGCUGGAGCCAAGCACCCUGGUGCCCAAAUGUCUGCAACUACAGCUAGAUCAAGGGAAUGGCUUGGCCAGGCAGGGCCUUUCCUCUACCACUUGCAGCUUCUCAGCCAAUGCUGAUUCUGGGAAACAAUGGCCCUUCCAAGAGCUGGUUUUACAGCCCUCCCUGGGGAUGAAGAACCCUCCCCAGCUGGGAGGUGAUGCACUUGAAGGCUCAGCAGACAACACACAAGGGCAUCAAGUCAUUGGCCAGAUUCAUGCCUUCAGUGUCCUGGAACCGAAGAUCAUCAAAAGAAAACUCCCGCUCAGCAAGUGGAGACUGGCAUGCAGAUUCCCUGGCCUGCAAGCUUCGGGUGCAGAGAUACUAAAUACUGCUGGAAGUAUGCAAAGGAUGAAAGGAUAUCACAAAAAGUAGCUUUUCCACUUGAUGAAAAGAACUAAAACAGCAAAGCAAGUUCAAGUCCAAACACAACCCUGCAGGGAUCCUUCACUGAGGAUUGAAGUUUAGACACAGAAUACUCUUGAUGAUUUCAACCCACUACAAUCCUUUGAUUUGAGAAGCCACAGUCCAUCCCCCUCCAAUUGUGAUCAAUGCCUAGGGAGACCAAUGCCCAGAUGGACAAACAACAUUGACAGGCCUUAGCCCUGCUCCUCUCAAUUCCCAUCGUGUAGAGAACAGGAGUCAGGAGCUGCUGGCAGGAGACUGCAUGUCAGCCGGGACUCUGCCAGGGCAGAAUAUGAACAAUGCCAUGUUCUUGCUGAAAAUGCUUAGCCUGAGUUUCAUAGGAGAUAACCCUCAGACAACUGCAGAAUGUAGAACAUUGAACAGGACAACUGACCUGUCUCCUUCAAACAGCUCUUCAAACACCACCAAGAACACAACAAAAAGGAGAAGAGACAUUUGGGGUUCAAAAAGACUAAAAAGACUAUGUAGCUUAUGCUUUUUUAGUCAUUUUGAACCCAAAACAUCUCCUCAUCUUCUUGUUGUUGUCAUUGAUGGUGGUGACAUGGACUUGUUUAUAGAGGACAGCUCAGCUGUCUGGUUCGAUGGUCUACAUUCUGAAGUUAUCUGAAAGUGUCCUCAUGAUUAAAUUCAGUGUAACCAUUUUGCCAGGAACACUGCAGAGUCCAUGCUGUGAGCUUCCUACCUCAGUCCAUCUACAGGCAGAGAAGGCCUGGUGUGUCCAUCCCCAUUGUUGUGAUACUAGGAUGGUCACUUGCUAAAGGAGAGGUCUAGGAGCUCUGUCCCUUGUAAAGACACCUUGUUUAUAAUUAAUUUGGAAAGUGGUUUGAAAUAGUAUCACUAUCCUGUAUUCUAACGAUCUUCCUCUGAGUAUUUUAUCAUCAAUUAAUCACCCCUGCCUGUGUCAGUUACUAUAUUUAUGUUUGUACAUUGAAAAUUUUCUAUCUCAGAAUCUUACUUUAUACUUGCCUUUGCUGGCAUUCUUCAUAAAAAACAAUAUUCCCUGCCCAAAUUUUAACUUUCAUCCAAAAUUAAUUUUAAUUUCUUUUUGCUGGCAUUCUGUUGUGUAAAAGAAUAUUCUCUGCCCCAAUUUUAACUUGCAUCCAAAAUUAAUUUUAGUCCAUCAGUUAAAAUGUUUAAGUUUUAAAUCUGUUUCAUUAAAACAUUUUUUGCCUCUCA